AUGGAUGAAAUGAAGCAAUUGUUUAAGCUAAGCAUGGAGCUCCAAGAAACCAGGGUCCGAGCAAACCAAGACCUCAAAUCGCGCGACGCCCAAAUCCUCCGCCUGAAGGAGCUCCUCGCCGCUGCCAUUAAAGAACGCGACGAAGCUCGAGAAAACUGCAAGAAGAUAUUGUUGGAGAAGAUCCUCGUCCACCAAUCAGCCCUCAAUUCAGCAAUCUCCAGCAUAGAAGACGAGCCCGCUAAAGGAAUCGACGGAUUGUCCUCCUCCGUCUGCGAGGAGAGCAUCGCUUCGUCGCCCGACAGAAUGCCCGUGGAGUUGAUCAAAGACCCGUUGCCUGAAAAGGGGAAGCUGCUGCAGGCAGUGGUGAAAAGGGGAAUUAAAAAUGGAUUCGCGUGA